AUGGAGAAGAACGACUUGAUCUUGAUCACCGGGGUGAACGGAUAUAUUGGUAGCCACACCGCGGAUCAAGCACUCGCAUCAGGCUAUCGAGUCCGGGGAAGUGUACGGAACCUCGAAAGCACGCAGUGGCUUCAAGAGUACUUUGACAACAAAUACGGAACGGGACGAUUCGAGCGCAUCUCUAUUCUUCACUAUGCGGCAGAAGGUCUGACGACCACAGAUGUGUCUGGAGUCAUUCACGUAGCUGUGGAUACGGCUCUUACCGGCAAGCCUGAGCCUUAUAUUUCUGAGGCAGUCAAAAGCAUUGUCAAUUUACUGAAGUCCGCCUCGCAAUCAUCGGUCAAGCGCUUCGUUUACACUUCAUCUUCAACGGCUGCGUCUGAUCCGAAAGUCAGUGUCGAAUGGACUAUACCUGUUGAUAGCUAUAACGACGAGGCGGUCAAACAAGCGUAUACCGAGCCCUUUGAACAGGCCAAGAUGUGGUCAGUCUACGCUGCCUCCAAGGCAACAGCUGAGAGGGCAGCGUGGAAGUGGGUCGCUGACAACAAGCCUUCAUUCGGCUUCAACACGGUUCUGCCGAACGCCAACUUCGGUCCUAGUCUGGUUCCAGCGCAGCAGGGACUUCCCUCUACAGGCGGCUGGCCCAAGAUGUUCUUCGACGGUAACUUUGAGAUCUUGCUACCCCUGCCGCCACAGCAUUUCGUUGACGUGAGAGACGAUGCGAAGAUACUUUUGAUGGCGUUGACCGAGCACGAUGUCAACAACGAGCGACUGUUUGCGUACGCGGAGCCAUAUAAUUGGAACCAAGUCCUCGCUAUCAUCCGACGCCUGUACCCCGACAGAAAAUUUGCCGAUGAUAUUCCUGGCAUAGGCAAAGACCUGAGCAAGCCUCCCAGCAAGAGGGCUGAGGAGCUACUGAAACGAUGUAACCAACCAGCGGGCUGGACUUCGCUUGAGCAGUCUCUGCGCGAUGCCUUGGCGAGUGUGCAAUGA